CCAUCUCAUCAAGUAUAUCCCUUAAUAUACUUUACAUAUAGUCAAACCUUAGGGUGCGCAGCAGGAGAUAUGGCCGGGACCCGGACAGUCGUGUUCAUUACCGGCACAGCUCUCGCUGCCGCGACGGUAGCAAUUGCUGUUAUUCAUUAUCGACGACGACGGGAAGAACUCCGGCGUCGGCUGGACUCCGAAGCAGCUGGACAGCAACGCGUCGAUGUUGUGUUCCACUCAGUCCAGGAGCUGUUGGAGGCUCAACAAAACACAUGGCUGAAGAACGCCGUGACGGUUGUGGAGUUGCACCAGCCGCGCCUUACCGAGGGAGCUUUGCAACACAUAACGGGACUGCCAAAUUUAGUUCGGCUGGACAUUAGCGGAUGCGGAAUAGAGUUUCUUCCUCGGGGUUUGUCGCGUCUGAGCAAUCUGCAGGUGCUGCUGGCGCCCCGAAACCGGCUAAUCUCCAUACCCGCCGAAUUGGGGCAGCUGUCACGCAGCCUGGUACAGCUGGACCUGGGGACCAACCAGCUGGUGGAAGUUCCCUCCUCCCUGUGCCAGCUGACCAACCUGCGCACGCUCAACCUCAUGGCCAACCAGCUGGAGCAGCUGCCAGCCAACUUCGGGCGCCUGCGCAACCUCAGGCUGCUGGGGCUCAAGAGCAACAAGCUCUCCUCGCUGCCCGCCUCCUUCUCCCAGCUAACCAACCUGGUGGAGCUCUUCAUAACCGACAACCGCCUAACCGACCUGCCCGCCGGCAUGGCCCGCUGCACCUCCCUGGUCAAGCUGCAAGCCUCCUUCAACUGCUUCACGCAGCUGCCCGCCUGCCUGCUGCACCUGCCGCGGCUGGAGCUGCUGCGAGUGGCGGUGUGCGGCAUCCGCGCGCUGCCGACGGGGCUGCUGGAGUCGGGGGCGCUGCCGGCGCUGGCGUGGUUCAGCUGUGCGGGUAACCCGGCGUGUCCGCAGCCGCCACCGCCGGCGCCGGGUCUGCCGGUGGUGGAGGAGGAUGACUUGGAGCUGGGGUGCAAGCUGGGGGAUGGCGCGUCGGGAGAGGUGUACCGAGCUGUGUGGCGCGGUCAGCUGGUUGCGGUCAAGUACUUCCGCGCGGACGUGUCCCCGGACGGGCGCACGGAGGACGAGGUGGCGCUGGCCAUCGGGCUGCAGCACCCGCACCUCACGCAGGUGCUGGCACGCGUGCGCUACCCGCCGGGGCUUGUGCUGCGGCUGGAAACAGGCUCCCCCCUGGCCCACAAGCCCACCAGCCAGCACCUGCUGCGCUGCAAGUGGGGCGACGACGUGCGGUUCGCGCCCCGCCGCGCGCUGCUGCUGGCUGCGGCGGUGGCGGAUGCGCUGCGCUACUGCCACGAGGCGGGGGUGUGCCACGGAGACGUGUAUGCACACAAUGUGCUGAUGGACGAGGAUGAGAAUGUGACGCUGUGCGACUUUGGCGCCUCCUUCAGCUACGACCCCAAGUCGCAGCCCUUCUGGCAGGCCAUGGAGGUGCGAGCCUACGGCCUCAUGCUGCGAGACGUGGCCCAGCGCUGCAGCGAUGCAGCUGCCGCCGCCGCCGCUGCCGCCGCAGCCCCCGCUGGGGCCGCAAGCGGCGGCCGCGCGAAGAGCCCCAGCGGCGGCGGCAGCGAGGUGGUGGCGGAGGUGGUAGCGGCGUUGCGGAAGGUGGCGGAGGAGUGUGUGGAUCUGCCGCCGGCGCGGCGACCGAGCUUUGGGGAGGUGUGUGAGGAGUUGAAGGGGCUGCGGGCGAGGCUGUUGGUGUGAGGUGGAAGAGGAGGAAAAGGAGGAGGAGGGAAGGGGAAAGGGAGGAUAGGUUGCGAAAUGAGGGGGAGGGAUUAUGCAUGAAGCAUUAAGGUGAACGAGGCGGAUGCUGACGAGGCAUGUAGUAGGGGUGGACUUGUGCGCUGGGGCGGGAUGUAGUCUGCGGUGCGACUGGCGUGCGGGCACCGAUAGUGGGUGAGGUGGACUGAGGACUGACGGAGGUGGGUAGUGUACAGCGCAGGGGCAGAGGGAGAACUUGGCUGUGUGAACCAGUCAUCAGCCGUGUUGGCUGUGCUGCGGGAUAUAGUCCUGGCGGAGAAGGCCGUUGGUGGGCUUUGGGGGCAGCAGCCUGCCUUUCAUGUCUUGCAUCGGGGGGUUUGGAUUGCGUAGCCGCUGAAUCGCAUGUUGUACAAGCAGUAGUGUUGGGUGUUUUAGUGUUGGGGGGUGCCUUACGUUGGGGCGUGGUCAUGCGUAAGGUGUUGAGUGAUUUACCGUACGCGGACUCUGUACACUGUGGGUGAUGGGUCUACAGUCCUCAGACCCUCGUCGGCCUUGUCAAGGGUUUUGCAAAAGCAUAAAAUUGCUCGAUGAUGCACGGUGUGGUGAACGAUUUGGUGGGUAGCCGGUAAAAGUACGUCUGGUUACAAGGUGUUCAUAGGCAACACAAGUGUCGUCAAAAGAGUUCUCAACUGUUGAUACAAAGUCCCGUCAGUAAUGCAACAGUUCUCAUCAGUCACAUUGUACCCUGGUUAGAUG